UACAUUUGGUGUUCAUUUCAGUUUGGCUAUUAGUGGCGUUCGGACGUAUUUAAAAUAGUAGUGUGCUUUGCCUUAACUGAAUUUUAUCCAUUUAUAGACAAAAAUAUAUUACACACCAAUACAGACAUAAUAAAAUGUUUAAUUGACUUGUUUAUUUUCUUUGUUGUGGGAAUCAUCUGUAGCUUCUGUGCAAGUUUAAAGUUGAAACUGGUAACAAGUUGUUUAAAUAACAAGAAAUUUGCAAAUUGGAGAUUCAAGCUAAAACUACAUUUUGUUGCCAACAAUCCAGCGGGGACAGGAAAGGUUGCUUUGUACGAAAUUUCUGAAUUUCAGAUAAAUAUACAUAUGUUCAUAUGUAACCUUUGGCGAAAUCACCGAAAAAGCCGCGGAUGAACAUAUUUCAAAUAUACAUAUUCUAAUUAAUUAAUAAUUCAAUAUGGCUCCGAAAGUCCAGAUUUUAUUAAACGUUGUAUUUGGAUUAAUAUGCUGCAACAGCGUUACUACUGUGAGUUCCUCGUUUCCAUAUUAUGGUACUAAAAUAGGCGCACUAACGCGAUUACAUCAUGGCGUUUCAGGAGAUGUGUACGCCGUCGAUUCUCGUACCUUGUUUAUUAAAAACUUUAAUUAUGAUGGCGAAGCUCCGGCUGCUUACUUUUAUGUUGGUCAUACACCAAAACCUAGCAAUGAUGGAGCUCAACGUUUGCGAGAUGAACGUGGUGGUGAAAACGCUCUUACUCGCCGUUACCGCAACAAAGAUAUCACUCUCCCCUUACCCGACGGGAAGACUUUGCGUGACAUUAAAUGGUUUUCGAUUUGGUGCGAUGAGUUUGCUGUGAAUUUCGGUGACGUCUCUAUUCCAUCCGAUUUGGACUUCCCGCGACCUCAGAAAAUUGCACCUCUGAAGGGCGUUCACGAAGUAUCCUCGGAUAAUAUUGUAAUCGUAGACGCUCAAACGCUUUUAAUACCAAACUUCAGCUAUGACGGCGAAGCCCCAGAUGCCAAAUUCUGGGUUGGUCGUGGACAGCGACCGAGUCCACAAGGCCUACGUAUUCCAGAUGAAAAUGGCAAAGAAAUUCCAUUGCGUCGCUAUGAACGCAAGACUAUUGUACUCACGUUACCCGACGACUUGACUAUUUUUGAUAUAGGACAUUUUGGUGUAUGGUGUGAGGCUUUCACAGUCGACUUUGGACAUGUUCGUAUACCCGAAGGAUUAAAUGUGCCACCAUCCUUAAAAAUGCUUGGCAUUAGUCCACAGUCGAGAUUAAAUUGUGAAGUUCUUUAUGAUGAUUUAGCAUUUGAAGUGAGAUGGGCCGUAGCGGGUGACAGUAUUGUUAUACAACUUAUCGCUAAAUUAGAUCCCAACGAAUAUAUGUCAUUCGGCGUUUCAAAAAAUCCUGAAAAAAGCAGUAUGAUUGGCGCCGAUGCCGUAGUUUCUUGGGUAGAAAAGGAUACUGGUAAAGGAUAUGCAGAGGAUUAUUAUUUAGGCGAUAAGUCACAAUGUUCUGGUGGCCAUGGAGUCUGUCCGAAAGUGAAAAUUGAGAACGGGACUAACUCAAUACGACUAUUAAACGCAGCAUGGGUAAACGGUUAUUCCAUCGUUACCUAUCAACGUUCAUUGCAAUCAAAUAGCAAAUUUGACGUUCCAAUUUUAACUAAUUCUUCUCAAGCGAUUGUCUGGGGUAUAGGCCCACUUAAUGAACGUAACGAAGCUUCAUACCAUACACAUUUUUCCCGAAUUUCAACUUUAAUUGAUUUUGGCCGACAACCUAUCUGGAAUUGUCCAUCGCCUGAAGGUUUAAAACCAGAUGACGAGGAUGACAAAGAAGAAGAUACAAGCAAGCCAUACAUGGAAUUUAACCCUAGUAAGGCAUCUACAACGCCAAGUCAAGUUAAUGGUCAAUUUGAAGAAGAAUUUUAUGAUAAACGCCCACUGGCACUUCAGAAUCCGAAUAGACGCCAAGAAUCACGACCUUUAGAACAAUCACGCCCCCAUCAACCUCCACGUCCAGUUCCUACCCCAAAGCCUGCUAGUAAAACUGGUGCCUGGGAUAUUCCUGCAAUCCAAUGCUAUGAACCAGAGGAUGGCGUUUUUUAUGCACAAAUGGGUCCGACAGGUGGAAAACAUGGUUACUCUGCUAUAACAGGACACGUUGGUUGGGGUAUAUCAUGGUAUAUAAAUGGAUUGCUCAUUCCCGAAAUUCAUGUCGUUCGUGGCAAAACGUACACAUUUGUUGUAGAAGGAGGAAUUGAUUCUGAUAUACCGGCAAAAUACCAUCCAUUCUAUAUAACUGAUGAUUCUAUAGGUGGUUACGAACACAAAAGAGAAGAAGAGAAGAAGGCUGUUCGCAUUUUUGCGGGAGUGCAUCGGUCUCGUUCGGGCCAGUUGACGCCGACGGGAGUUGGUAGACUUUGCAACUGGACGCCGGACGUCGAUGGUCCACCUGCAGAUGAUUAUCAAUCCUUCGGUGCUUAUCAACGUACUUUGACUUUGAAAUGUGAUCAUGGUGAACCCGGUGUCAUAACUUGGACUCCUGAUCGUGAUACCCCCGACACUGUUUACUACCAAUGCUUUACACAUCGCUAUUUAGGAUGGAAAAUCCACGUACAUGAUGCUUGCGAAGAUCCAGGAUUUUCUGCAUCGGCUUCGGAGAACCAAGAACUGCGCAUUCCAUUUGCUAAUGUCGAUGAUGCUGGGGAUGUUACUGCCGAAGCGUCAAUUCGUCAUGAAACCAAGGUCAGCCCCAACGAAAAUUUUUUAUUCAAGCACCAAACAGAUUUGAUUAAGAAUCAUAAUAUGAAUGGAACUCCGCCAAAAUUCACUUUUGAAAUAACGAAAUCAUCGGAAAUUACUAAACUGAUUUCAGAUGGAAUCCGUGCUGCUGAAGCUCUCGAAGCAAGCAUUCUGAAGAACGCCAAUGGUUCCAAUCAUACAAACCAAAGUAUUGUCAGCAGCGAAAAAAUAAAUCGUAAUCCCGAUACUGUUCCAAUAAUGUCUACAAUCCCUACACAUCAGCAAACCAAUAUGAAGACCGUUGGAAGUAUAAAAACGAUUACAGUCGAAGCCAAUUCAAAACUACCUUUAGAACCACACAUUGCUACCGCUGUACCAGAAGUUUUAUAUGGUGAAAAUCAUGCACAUUCACAUAACAAAAAUAUACAAAACUUAUCUCGAAUAAAAUCAAAAAAGCCAUCGUCAUCCACAUCAUCACCAUAUCAUUUUUUGCAUCAUCAACCAAAGCAUACACAAUCUUACCAUCAUUUUCAUAACCUUACUAAUAUUCCAGCACAGUCCCCGAAGCCAAUAGGCCUUUCAGAAUUUCUUCGUCCACCUCACAGCACCGAAUUUUUGCAUCCUGUAAAAUUACCAGGACGUCGCCCACUUCUCAGACCUAUCAAAAAGGUACCAACCGCUAAGCCUGUACUACCACAACAGAUACAACGUACACCUCAAAUACCAAUACAACCUAUACCACAACCAUCCAUUAUUGUAAGCCAUUAUCGUAAAGCAGCGCCUGGACUUUUAAAAGGGAUCCUCCAAGAAAACCAAUUUCCUCUACAAUCUUCAAUUGCUUCUGUUUUAUUACUUGGUCAACCAACAACUUUAAGUGGCCAUCGAAAAAAUGAUCCAGUGCUCUCACAUUCGAUACAAAACUCCAUUAUACCUGUACCAUACAAUGACACUGUUCCCCGCGAAACAAUCGAGCUACAUAAUAGUGAUAAGCGUGAAAUUUCUGCUUCAAUAAAGCCCGUUAAAAAUAAUGGUUUUAAAUCCAAUUCUAUAGUAAUUGAAAGUGGUUUCCGUCCUAUAAUUCGUGCAGAAAAUGUUCUACCGCCACUCUCUCUAGAUCAAGUAGCGCAUCGUCGUGAAGAUCCGGGGUCAGAAAUUAACGAAGCAAUGGAAACGGACACACUUUUUCUCACGGCCCAAAAAUUGGCACAAACACAGAGUUUUGAACCAAUGUUCAUUCCAUCGCCUCCUGAUAGCACCAAUAUUUCUAAUUAUUUACGAAAUAUCGUAUCAUCUUCGUCGACUAUAAGUGAAAACGAACAUGUUUCUAAUAUUUCAGCCGAAAUUCCAAUUGCAGCAAAAUUACGAAAUGCAACCCUAGAAGAUAUUUUAGCAGACCUGGACGAAGUACUUUUAGAGGAAGAAUCUACCACUAAAUUGGAUGAAACUGCUACAAAGAAAAUCAUAGAAGGCGAAAAACUUGAGGAAAAUUUCUCCGAGAAUUUGAAAAACCAAAGCCUAAGUGUAGAAGAUAAUACAUAUGACAUGGAGGAAGCUGAUGAAGAAGAUGAGCGAGAAGCGCAAGCCGCAGAACGCAUUGACACAUAUUACCUACCCCCAGAUAAUCGCAAGAUACCUCAUGCCAGCUUACCAAGCGGCGCUGUUGUUACAUUUGAUGGUAAAUCCAUUGUAGACGGUAAUUUGGUCCUGCCACCUAAAUUAGAAACAUUUGAAGGAGUAAACUCGAGGCGGCAAGCACACGGCCUGUCACAAAUUGAACAGCUCAUUAGAAGCACACCCCAAGUCCGACCUUUCCGAGGAGAAAUUCCACAACCAGUAGCUGAGUUUAUUUCAAAUGAACGCUCCAGAAAUCGAGUGUCUGGAAGCAGAGGUGGAGGCAUUGUUGGCGGUACAGGAUCUGGUAAUGCCGGGCCAUAUUUACCUUUAACCUCACUUUCACCACCGCGAGUUCAUUCCACUAAAUUGCAAUUGCUGCAGUCAGCCAUGUAUCGGCAAUAGACAUUGCAUGAAAAUGUUUCUUGAAAAAUUACUUACACAUCACUGAUAUAACUAUUUUUUAAUAUAUUAUUAGCGGAAAAUAAAAAUACAUAAAAUAAUACAUACCUUCAUAACUGUUUGUGUAUGAGCAUGUACAAAAAUUAUAGAACAUUAA